CUCACCGUUCCAAAAAUACCACCUAGUUAUUAUUUAUUUAAUUAUUUAAUUAGUUUUUGGCCAAAUCUCACUUAUUAAUACACCACCCCAAAUACAAAUACUUUGUCCAAAUUUCCCAAAUUUCAGAGUCAGUCUCAUUCCUCAACGUUCACACAGCUCAUAUCACCUUCAUCUCUCCCUCUCUAGAACUUUGAAGCUCUCGCGCUGCUUCACCAAUGGCUGCGGUCGCUACCGGUAACGUCGACAAGCUCAAAUCUGACGUCGCUUCUCUGAGCCAGAUCAGCGAGAAUGAGAAGAACGGAUUCAUCAACCUCGUCUCUCGCUACGUCAGUGGAGAAGAAGCACAGCAUGUGGAGUGGAGUAAGAUCCAGACUCCUACUGACGAGGUAGUCGUUCCUUAUGAUGGCUUGGCACCUACUCCUGAAGAUCCUGAGGAGAUCAAGAAGCUUUUGGACAAGCUUGUUGUGCUUAAGCUUAAUGGAGGUUUGGGAACAACAAUGGGUUGCACUGGCCCCAAGUCUGUCAUUGAAGUUCGAAAUGGGUUGACAUUUCUGGACUUGAUUGUCAUCCAGAUUGAGAAUCUCAAUAACAAAUAUGGUAGCUGUGUUCCCUUGCUUUUGAUGAACUCAUUCAACACUCAUGAUGAUACUCAAAAGAUUGUAGAGAAGUAUUCCAAGUCAAAUGUUCAGAUUCAUACUUUUAACCAGAGUCAGUAUCCUCGUCUGGUUGUUGAAGAUUUUUCACCACUGCCAUCCAAAGGACAGACUGGCAAGGAUGGAUGGUAUCCUCCUGGCCACGGUGAUGUGUUUCCAUCCCUUAAGAACAGUGGAAAACUUGAUCUGUUAUUGUCACAGGGUAAGGAGUACGUGUUUAUUGCUAACUCGGACAACUUGGGUGCUGUCGUUGACUUGAAAAUUCUACACCAUUUGAUCCAGAAAAAGAAUGAAUACUGUAUGGAGGUGACACCGAAAACAUUGGCCGAUGUGAAGGGCGGCACUCUUAUUUCUUAUGAGGGCAGGGUUCAGCUCCUGGAAAUUGCUCAAGUCCCUGAUCAACACGUCAAUGAAUUCAAGUCAAUAGAGAAGUUCAAAAUUUUCAACACAAAUAAUUUGUGGGUGAACUUGAAGGCAAUUAAAAGGCUAGUAGAAGCUGAUGCACUGAAGAUGGAAAUUAUCCCAAACCCAAAGGAAGUGGAUGGGGUCAAAGUUCUUCAACUAGAAACCGCGGCUGGUGCAGCAAUCAGGUUCUUUAAUAAUGCUAUUGGCAUCAAUGUACCAAGAUCUCGAUUCCUUCCUGUGAAGGCAACUUCCGAUUUGCUUCUUGUCCAGUCUGACCUUUAUACAUUACAAGAUGGUUUUGUUACCCGGAACAGUGCGAGAAAAAAUCCAGAAAAUCCUACUAUUGAAUUGGGGCCUGAAUUUAAGAAGGUUGGCAGUUACUUGAGUCGAUUCAAGUCAAUCCCCAGCAUCCUUGAGCUUGAUAGCCUUAAGGUUUCUGGUGAUGUCUGGUUCGGUGCUGGUGUUGUUCUCAAGGGGAAAGUAACUAUCACAGCAAAAUCCGGGGUGAAGUUAGAAAUUCCUGACAACGCCGUGAUUGCAAACAAGGAUAUCAAUGGUCCUGAAGAUCUCUAAGUUUCUUGUCCUGAAAUGUAUCGGAGAGUGUACUCGGGUUGAAUACGAGGGCCCCUAUGGUUGUGCCGUGCUUGUACUGUGAUAGGGAAAUAAAAGCUUUUUGUAUUUUUGCUGCAUGAGUUUGGUUUUUGUAUUUUUGCUGCAUGAGUUUGGUGAAGUUUGCAGGUUCCAUGUUAAAACCUAAUGUUUGUGAAUGAAAGUUUGCAUAAACUUUUAGUUUUA